AGCAGGGAGCAACAUCGUGCGAUAAUCACAAUGGCAUCAACAGGAAAAUCUGUCUUCAUCGUGGGACCUGGCUUCAUUGGCUGGAAUGUCCUUGACCUUCUCAUCAACGAAGGAUACCAAGUGACUGGCCUCGUCCGCCGCAAAGAACAUGGCGACCAAAUUGCAAAGUCUGGUGCCAAAGUCGUGCAAGGUGAUCUGAACGACAAGGACAAGAUCGCCGAAGAAAGUGCCAAACACGACAUCACAAUUCAUACCGCAACCGCAGAUCAUCUCCCAAGUGUCGAAGCUGUGCUCGAUGGUAUCAAGCAGCGUACUGCCAAAGGACUGCCAGCCAUCUUCAUCCACACCUCUGGCACCAGCGUUCUCGACGAUGGAGCACUCAAUGCAUACAAGAGCGAUGAAAUCUACCACGACGACGUCAGAAGUGAAAUCGACUCCGUGCCCGACACAGCACCACACCGAGAAAUCGACCUCGCCAUCGUAAAAGCUCAGAAAGAACUAGGCGACAAAGCAAAAAUCGCAAUCAUGAUCCCGCCUCUCAUCUACGGCUUCAACCCCGCCCACGGCCGCCUAACAAUCCAAAUUCCCAUCCUGACCCGCUUCGCUCUCAAACACGGUUACGCAGCACAUGUCGGCAAAGGUCUUGGGGUAGAAUCCAACAUCCAUGUCCUCGAUCUAGCCCGCGCUUACAUCGUUCUCCUGCACCAUCUCGAAAAAGUUUCCGCAGCUCAAACCCUCGAGAAUCCUUACUAUUUCUGCGAAACCACAGGAGAUAAUGAACCUUCGUGGUACGAAGUCGCCAAAGCCAUCGGAGAAGGUCUCCACAAAGCUGGUAAACUCAAGGAUCCAGAGCCGAAGGAAUUGACGAAGGAUAAGUGGGAUGAUGCAUUUGCGGGUUUUACUGGUGCGGUGAUUGGAUUGAAUAGUCGUAGUCGAGCGAAUAGAUUGAGAGCGCUGGGAUGGGAGCCAAAGGAGAAAGACUGGAAAGCUUCGUAUUUGGAGGAUGAGUUGCCCGAAAUCUUGAAGGAGGACGUGGGAGGCUUUGCUGGCUACAAAGGAAUAGUCGCAUCUUGAGAAGUGGCACAAAAUUCCAGUGAGAAGUUCAUAAUUCUGACAGUUAUCAAUACUUCAAGACAUCUACUCAUUUCGCGACAACAACAAUCUUUUU